GGCAGAUGUACGCCAUUUGCUGCUCGUCAUCAUGCUGCACUCUUUCCGAACCCCUACGCUUAUCAACGCAAUAAAGUAAUUGGUAACAAAACAUACAAAAUUUCUUCAGCUCUGUUUAUGUUAAAGGGACUGGUUCAUGAUAAUGCGCAUGUGUGAGUUCUGACAGUAGGUGAUUGUUUUUCAACCAAUCGGAAGCGAGUUAGAUUCAUGCAAGUAAAUUUACAAAAUUCAAAUUAAUUGUUCGCGACGCGAGAGUAUUUCCGGGCAUUUGGUUUGAUUUUAUUUAUCCCCAUAAUUCAAGUUUAUUCUUUGCUGCUCCUCAGAUAUAUGUUGCAGCCGAUAAGAAUAAGAUCAACAACCCUGUCCUGCUUUGAAACAAACAUUUACUAACGUUUAUUUUUACGAGGUCGUACCCACGCUAACAAAGCAGUCAUCGAUCGGCAAACAAAAUUUGUAAACAAACAUCUUAUUACUGUUCUCUCAGUUCGCCUUAUAUAAAUCCAGAAAUACCUACAAAUAGCACCUGACCGGUGACAAAAAUGUACAACGUAUGAGUAUAAAGAUUAUCCUUAAUUGAGCAUAAAUUUCAAAUGCUUAUCAGCAAAUGAACAAAUUCAUUCGUGUUGCAUCGGGCCAGUGUUCCGCAAAACAAGUGUUAUCGAGUAGCACACAUAAAGAAACUAGAUUAUAAACAGAAUACUCAGGCAAUAAUUUAUUUUAAAACAUCAAUUCUUAAACAUAUACGAUCAUAAAGCAAAGAUACAAGGGACAUUUCAAGUGUACCAGAGCGGUGAAGAUCGCGCAGCCUGUUGCGGUAUAACUACAGGUCGGAGUCAAAAAUCAAAUCAAAGUUGAACGAACUCAUGCCUUUAACCACUUUCCAAGUGUCGUGCAUACUUUUCGUAAGCCACACACUACUCCUAGAACCAUACCAGAUCGAUAGGCUAAGCUUCUCUCUCUCCAAAGACUCUUGAGAACGUCCUGUUGCCGGACGGCCACGAUGCUCUUCUGAACCUCCAUGAUCAAAACAUUAUUUUUUGCGUCUUCUUAAAACGUAACCAGUCAAACGACACAACCUCACGUUAAUCACCACUACCGAAGUAUAACUAGACCAGCCAAAGCGACGGAUGUCCGAAUAAAACAAAGGAUUUUCAAUGAUUGUACCGGUAAUGGUGAUUUCGAAUUUAGUGUUGACCCGACAAAUUUAUUCUGAAGAGACAAACGGCGCGCAUGCGUAUUAUCGUGAACCAGUCCCUUUAACGUACGCUUUCGAGUUGUAAGCUAAAUAAAUAUACAGUGUUGCAAAGUCACUACUUGACUAUCCACAAUUAUGCUAGCGCUGUCAAUUUGAGGACCCAAGUCUCGUCAUCAGUGAAGGAUCAAAGGAUCAGUCUGUCCUGAAUAAGUUUUCGCGGGCUCAGUGUAAUAAAUGUGAGUAAUUUUCUCACCAAGAAAUGUCAUAAAAUUGACCUGGACAAUUAGCCAUGAAGACACCAUUGCAAUCCAAACCUGAAGUAACUGAAUGAUCGUGAUACAGAACUCUUCAUUUGAUGCAAUGCUACAGUACCGCUCAAAAGUAAGUUGACACUCGAUGCUCAAAACUCGAGACUCUAUCCUCGCGUCUCGAAGCUUGAACGCUUCGAGUUUUUAGAUGCGAGGAUCGAGUCUCGAGAUGCAAGGAUUGAGUCUCAAUUUCGAGGAGUGAGGAUCGAGGAUCCAAGAAGCUAGGUUUUCCGAAAGAACGAUGUUGUACAGUCACGUAGCCGUUCAGAUAUUCGCACCGUCGAUCAGUGCUUGCAGUGCGGUGUUCUGUAACUGUUUGUGAUGAUCACUGAAAUAAUUUUUUGAAGAAAGAUGGCAUGUAAGUGUAUUGCAAAAGCUUCCAAAAAAAAUAAUAUGUGCAAAAGGAGGUACCGAAGGCGCUCCUUUCGUUCAUCAUAGUAAAACAGAAAGAUUGGGCCUUUGAUGAAAGUACAUGUAGAACAAUUUUCAUAUGGAGACUGGUACUCAGAAGAUAAAAUCACGGGACAUCGUUUAAUUAUAUCUGAGUACUUUGUCUGCAUUUGUUCUUUAUAUAUCCCAGCAUUUUCCCGUCAUCUCAGGGCCCUUUCAAAGAUAUAUACAUAAGAUGUGUACCGGUGCUGACCAAAACAAUGGCGGCACAGGACUGGAAAAAAUUGCGAAGCGACAGAAGCGAUUAUUGAAUGCUGUUGAAUGGCGAGUGGUGCAAACCAAGGCGCAUUUCUUCAGAUUUCUUAAGGUAAACAUUCGGUUGCGGAUUGAACAAGAUAACAUCUGCUUUUUUCAUGUUUUAAUGCAACUUUAUUCAACUUUAUUGUCAUUAUCAGUGCCGUACAACUUUUUACACUCACGAUGCUUAUACAAAGAAUCUCCGUUCCCUUGACAUGUUGAUGUCAAUAGAAAUCGAUAAAAGUCGAUACAAAUUGAUAGCCAGCCCUGAGAACUUUGUGAUUAUUGACUUUUAACGACAAAUUAGACUAAUCAAUAGACAAUUAUUGACAAUUAUCGAGCACUAUCGACUUAUCCACUAGCUUUCCGAUGAUCGAUUUUGAUCGACAUGUUAUGUCCUGCUUUUUAUUUCGAUUGAUUGUAGGGACAGAAUUCAAAUCAUUUCAGGUUGGUUUAAAGUAAACAUUAUGUACAUAAAAAUGCAAAAAUGAUACUGUGACUUUAUACCGGUAAGUCUUAAAUGUGGGCUUCUAACGUAACAAUAAAGUCAUCGUUUGUCUCACGAUUUUGUCACUUGGGAUUUUGACUUCACUAAACCAACCUCUUUGCACGAAAAGAUUAGCAAUGUUUCCUUUAUCUGGAGACUUCCGAUCACGUGCCAGGCAACAGCGAAAUAGAUCAAGUUUCACCGAUGUUCAUUUCUGAACAUGCAAAUACAUGGGAUGCAAAACAAAUUUUGCAGAUUUAGUUCUUUAGUAACCCAAAUAAGUUUUUUUGUGAUUUCUAAAGUUUGUUUAUCUAAAUGUGUAUUCCAUUGCUUGAAUACCUGUUUGAGGAGAGUUACGCUUGAGUGUGGGUUCAUUUUCCUGGACACCAACUGGUAAUCGAGCCUUGAGCCAAAACCGUUCGAAAGAAAGUUCAAAGGAAGUUUAAAGCAUUCUUUUUCUGCUAAGGCUGAGUAAAAGAUGUUAAGUUUAUUGUAUUCUAUUAGUUCUUAAAUAUAAAUUUUUGGCAACUAGAAUGCUUGUUCUGGUCACCAAAAAUGAAAACUUAGGGGCCAGCUGGCUCCAACAUUUUUUUCUGAUAGGCGAGCACUGCCUAAGUACAGAUUAACAUUUGAACAUACAGAUGUAAAUGUUUCACUAAAAUUCAAAAGGUAAUAGUAACUACCUGUAAGUUGUGCCACAUUUAUUGUUUUUUUGACCUGCGGUUAGAAUUAAAGGUGUAAAUAAGGUGUAAGUAAAGUACACUGUCAGGCAUCCCAAUUAAUUUAUGGUUGUAAACUAGAAUAAAAUGACACAUGAUUUAAUAAAGUGUUUUAUUAUUAUUAUUAUUUAAAAUAAUAAAACCAUUUAUAUACCUAUAUCAUGGCGCCUUACAAAUGAAUGUUAUAAAUAGAAAUAAUGUUAAGAAAAUUUACGUUCAGUAAUCAAAAACAUAAAUUUCCAGUAAAAAAUACUAAACAUAAAUCUGUAUAAACUAACUACUAAUAUUAACACAUACUUCUGGAAUUAUGCGCGGAUGCGAAAUCACAUAAUUCGCAUAAUUCCUUAGAAACACCUAAUGGUGCAUAAUUUUCGAAAAUUUUGAAAAAUUUGUUGAUAAGCUAUGUUUUUUUCAAACCUUGAGAGAUGCAUGGAAUUUUUUUCCCGUAAAUAUAGUACAUUUUCACAGCAAAUAGCCACCGCUUCGUUGCAAAAAAGGGUAAACAACUAUCACAAAUCAACAAGGUGUUCCAGGCACUUUAUGCUGCUGGCCAUGGGGCCUGUGCUCUAGUUUUUUACAUAACACACGCCAUGAUUGGAAGAAAUAUAACCAAUCACAGCUUGGAAAAGAAAAAAAGUGCCCUGCCUCAACCUAUUUGGCGGCAAAACAGCUUUCUUUCAUAGCAUCCCUUCCUUCCAGAAGCAGAUGUUACUUGAGAUUCACAGGAUGAAGGUUGAAGACAAGUUACAACCAAUACACAAAGGGGAGUACUAUGCAGUAGAAUAUCAGAAAGCAUUCUACAUUGGUCAAAUCCUGAGGAACAAGAAUGCUACUCUGACAAUAAAGUUCCUGCACUCAGUUGGGACAACAGUGUUCACGUGGCCCAAACGUGACAGCAUUGACGACUGCUCCCCCUCUGGGCUAAUCUUUGGUCCACUUCAAAUCCAAGGAAGUGGUCCAUUCCAAUCUCCUCAGUUAGAUGAGGUACAACACUUUUACCAGUACAUAAAGAGGAGCAGGAAAAGAUGAACAUUAAACUAUUAUUGUGUCAAAGCAAAUCUAUAAAUGCAUAUUAGUGAGCUUUAGAUUUUACAACAAGAACGAAUUUCACUUUUGAAUUCCAUGUCAAUCUGGUCAAUAGAGUUUUUGCUUCUUUGUGCUGCUACCCAACAUGUAAGAAGGAACGAGUAAAUGUUUGGUGUAAUAAAUUGUUGUUGCUCAUCAUAUUUGUACUGAUAUGUUUUAUUUCAAUUAUAAACAUGUGACUUUAUCUCACUCACCCUGAAAAACUCAUGGCAGCAUAAGUCAGUAAGUUGUUUUUGUUGACUUACUUACUUACUUUAACUUACUUGAUUUGCAAGCUUAAUAAAAUUUGCGCUUAAAAAUAUUGUGUAAUGUUGCACAAUUCGCAUAGUUCGUGCAUAAUUUGGGAUUUUUGGCGCAUAAUUCACCAAAAACUAUAAUUCCGGAAGCCCUGUUAUUAUAUAUCACUUUAACAUGUAUGCUAAUUUAGUAGAGGACGUCGUUCAGAAAUUGACAUAGAAUAGCUUGGGCUACGCAUAAUUAUUUCAUUAAAUUGUCUCUGAAAAAAUAUAGGGCUUGCAAAACAAAAGGAGAAAGGGAAAAAACAAGUAAGCCUGAGUAAUACUUUUAAUAUGAGCUAUUUUGUCCUGUGCUCAGUUUAUUCAAAUGGGCCAUGUUACUCAAGCUUAUUCAUUUUCCUCUGCCAACAGCUUUAGAGCAAAAAGUUAUGAUUACUUGUUAUUCUUUUGUUGCCCCAUAUCCUUAGCCUCAUUAUAAAUUUUAUUUAUGUUAAUGUUCUCAGAAAACGAUGUCAUUCUCUUUCGUAAUUCACAAUGUGUAGUGUUAGUGCUUUGGAGAGAUUGAAAAUAAAAUUGUACACUGUAUGUAUUGUAAUAAACUCAAUAUGCAUGGUUUUGUAUGGUUUGAUGCACUUGCUUUUUUUGUAUCACUUGUUUGCAACAAAUUGUAUGUAAAUGUGAAUACAAUAUGCAUGCUCUUUGCAUGAAUUAUUCUAUUUUAUUAUAUAAACACCAAUGAAAUACCAAGUGAGCUUGCGCAUGAAAACUUGAUAUCUUCACAUGUGAAAAUAACAUGUUAUCUUCACAUGUGAAAAUUUCACUGUUGCUUUGGUUACAUAAUAAAUCGCGACUUUCACACCAAAAAAACUAUUUAAGUGAAAUGGUUUGGUAUUUCAUUGGUGUUUAUAUAAUAAAUAGAACAUUACAUGGCCGCUUGGAGAUACGAAAUUUCUCUUCUCGUGUUGACAAAAUAUUUCAUUCAUUUGCUGCGCUCACUCAUGAAAUAUUUUUCAACACGAGAAGAGAAAUUUUGUAUCUCUGCACGGCCAUGUAAUAAUAUCCUCAAUGUAUCUACCCGUACUAGAUGCAAUGCAAUUGUUACAAGGUGAAAAUUAUUACUCCUGGAAUAUUCAUAUACGUAGUAUAGGGAAAUUAUAGAGAAAGUUAGUGUGAGGUUGGCUUCUCCGCUGUAUGCAAGAACAAGCCAUGAGGGGAGGUACAUAUACUUACCGAUGAUUAUUAUACUGAAUAUCCGUAGCUGGUUGGUCAUCAAGUUUUAAGCUGUUACAGACUCAACUACAAAGAAAGAAAGUUGCCCAAACAAAGCCAGUCUCUACAUCGGUGAGUAAAAAAUAUGCUCAUUAAUUUACUCUAUGUUAUUUACUGUACAUGUAAAAGUCAAUUUUCUUCAUUAGAAUAACGUUUGGGUUUUUUAUCGUGUUCCAAUAAUUUAUUGCUACACAAAGCUUUUUGAUGAAUCUUGUAAAUAUUUACUGGUCCUUAUUUACUUAUCAUACAGAAAGCAAAAUCUGUUAAUCAAGUAGUUCUGGGGAAUAAGAGGCAAAAUGAAGAAUUUGAGGUAAGAAUAACUUCUUUGUUGAGCUAAAUUAUGAAUGUAAUGAACCAUACAUGUAUGUUAAUGCUAUAGAAAGUAAUGAACACCACCAAACAAGUGUUUUCCAGACCAGGAAACAAACAAACAAACAAAGCCUUAGUAGUAUGGAGAUGCUGCGUUGAUUUUAUAGCGUGGAAGAGCCAUUUUUAAUGAAUGGCUAUUAUUACUUCGGCGGAGGGCGAAGUAAAGGAUUCGCGACGCUCAGGAAUGUAUCAAAGUUACAAUUUUUUGACAAGAUUGGGCAAGCAAAGUCUGUAGGUUUUCGGUUCUAUUCGGCUAUUUGACGAAGUGAGAGCCGAGUUAGUUGGAGAUAUCUCGAGAUCACUUCGAUUUCUUUGAUUUAUUCUUUAACUUUUUUGAGGAAGAAAGAAUUAUUAUUUUUGCUUUCCCCGGGUUUGAACCGACUCACCUGUGUGACCCGUCAGAUCAGGAGUUGAGGGAUUAGCCGAUUGCGCUACUGCGACCCAAGGUUGUUUGGGAUAUGAAAAAUAGUUAUGAAAUGAUGCACUAGUUUCGGGACAAGAUUGGGCGUGCGAGUUCGUAACUUUUCGGCUUGUUUCAACUAUUUCCCGAAAUGAGACCGGACUACUUCGUGAUAUCUCCAGAUCACUUCGAGUUUAGUCUUUAAUUACUCGAGGAAUAAACAGAGGAUAUUUCGUGGCCCCGCAGAGACACGAAAUUUCUCUUCAAGUGUUGAAAAACAUUUCACGAGUGAGCCCUCCUUUCGAACUGUUUUAUGAUGAAUUUAAAGUUACAAAAUGCUGCACAAAGACAUAAUUGCUUUCAUGCGUUGCGUGACUUUCUCGAACGUUCUCUACGUUUUUGGAUUAUUCAUGAAUAAUUAAUUAGAGCAUGUUUACAUUUCAGCAUGACUCAGCAGAUUUGCAUCAGUUACUGAAAUCAUAAAAUUUGUCGAAAAGCUACUACUAUUCGCCUGUUUGGUAUUUUCUAGAACCUUAUGUCAAACGGUAUACAAGUUCCAAGCGCGUUCUUUUGACGAACUAAGUUUUUUCCCACGAGCUGGACUGCUGUGUUUAGUCAAGUGUGACGAAGGUCGAUUUUCAGGUUCUGUGUUUACAAGUUCGCGGAACCCGCAAGAUAUCCGAAGUUCAAGUGACAGUUUGUUAUUAUUGGUAGAGGCUGUUUAGUUUUACUCAAAGUUCAAGUCAAGUUUGUGUUGGCGGAUGCUGUGUUUUAAAGCUCUGUAAAGGCUAUCUUUACAGAGCUUUAACAACUUCCUUGUGUUAAUCCGACAUCCCUGCGUGCUGAUAGUCAGUGAAUAAUUAUCCUCAAAACAUUCGAACUCGUGACUUUGAUUUUUAGUUAAUUCCAUGCUCAACGUAAUUGACUCCUUACCCAUGCCUUACAUAUCUUUAUUCAGUACAUGAGACUGCUAUGCUGUUUUUGAAGCCUGAUGUGACUAAGAAAAAUAGAGAAUUGUUUUUUUAGAAGGAUUUGUAUGGAGUCAUCAGAGCAUAACUGGGCUAAUAUCUCGGAGACAAUUUGUCCCGAAAUGCUAGCUUUUGGCAAGUAGGCCUCUUGGGUGUUGCUCUUCUCAGAAUAUCCUGACAAAUCCCAUAAUUUCACAAAUUAACACCUUACUCUUACCAUAUUUGAUUUCUUACUAUUCCUCCGCCUUUACAAUUAAUUAGUUCCACAACAACGAAGCCGAAGUGUACGCUCUGUAGCGUCUUGUUAUAGUUAUUUUCGUUGUUGGUGGUGGUGGUGGUGGUGGUGCUUGUGUUCUUCUGGAGUUUUUUUUCCAAGUUUUCAUCGACAUGCUUUUUUCUCAUUUUUGCUAAAAAUUUGCAUGUAAGCCAUGUGAGGCCGAAGCCGCACGCCGCGGAAGGACUGCAGGUUCAAAGUUAAUUUCAAAUGGGCGUUGCUGGCUUGAGGAUGGCGUAGACAGUUUUUAGAGAGAUGUUUUUUCAUGCUAGUCGCAUCGAAUAGUUUUGUAAUCUGCUUGAUUUAAGUCAUUUGUGAAUCCUUCUGUCAAGAGUGUCAUUAAAGAUAACAUCGCCAUUACAUCGUUGGUCCUCCUGCGAGUCAAGGGUAGAGUUGAAAUUGAAGCCAAGCCAAAGCUGCAGCUUGAUUUGGGGUCUGAGUGGGAAUUAUAGUUUAAGCAAAACAAGGAGAGAGCGAGAUAAGAGUCAAAAGACUAGAUAAUGCCAGAGGUGAGUAAAGUUGAGAAAUGUUGUUCAAAGAGGGCUGUCGCGAAGGCAGCAUUUCAAAGGUAUGUCAGUUUGCUAAAACUAUUGAAGAAGCAAAGACUAAGGCCUGGGACUUAACAAAAGAGACUAGAAGAUCUUCACCCAGAGUCUAUUGAAAGCGAUGGCAGUUGGCUGUAAGAUUUAAAGUAUAAUGUCAGUUAGAUUAUGGGCAAAGUUCGGAUUAUCUCGCACGAAAAAGUAAAGUUGAACUCCAGGUUUUUCAAGCACAAUCUGUUAGCGAAAACGAGGCUGCAAGUUCUUCGGUCUUGGUAGGAGAGCUCUCGAACAGUAAGGGUUGUGGACUCAAAGAGGUGAAAAUUCCGACUUUUCAAGGAAACCCUGAUAAGUGGCCGUACUUUUGGGGCAUUUUCAGUUCGAUGAUUGAUCAAAACAAAACUCUGUAAAGUCCGAUCAAGUUAGCUCACUUUAAUAACCUUCUUAGUGAUAGUCAGAUGUAAUUGCCUGUUUAAUGCUAGAACCGGGUGAUUAUGAAAGGGCAGUGUAGCUAUUAAUGCAGAGAUGUUUGGUGAUCCCCGUGAACGGUUGAACGGUUCACUGAUGCCUUAUAAGCUGCUGUGUUCGCUUUGGAUCGCCCCUAUUACAAGCACGAGCUACUUAGUGUCCUCCUUUGUACGCAGUUAGUUCGCAAGCUACCCACGCCGGAGAAAGAUGAAUGGGUGCGACAAACUGAAAGUGAGCACUACACGUGUCAGAGGAUGUCAAAGGUUUAGCUGAGUGGCUCGAGUCAUGAGCUAAAACACUGCGAACGCGUGAAUGUUACAAUGAGCAGCCUGCCAUUCCCACAAAGGAUAGAUUUAGUAGAGGAUCUGUGCAGUCGUUGUUGAAGCCCCCAAAAUACUGUAUCAGUCGAUGGUCACAACAACUAAUCCAGCUUUGUUGCCUAGAAAGUGUUCACUGUGUGAUAGCGAUCGUUCAGAGGUCACAUUUCCGACUCUACUUGCACCCGACAUAGAGAAACGAUGGGACAUUGUUAAAACGAGAAAGGUCUGUUUUGGCAGUGCCGUCAAUGCCGUCAAUCCACAAAAUGUGGAGUAAAUUCAGGUGAAAAAGGGCAUUACUACCCACUGUAAAGAGGAGUUGAAACUACAAGAGUCCCUGAGCAUUGAACUGCCCACCGAGAAUGGAGAAAUUCGUUGUGCUAGACGUAAAGCGCAGAGCAACCAAACGGAUUCAGUUAAAGUUGCAUUUAAAAAGGUGACAGUCCCCUUUUUGAGUGAUUCUGGGAGGAUUUUUUCUGGCCUAAUUCUCCUGGACACCGGCAGUGAGACGACACUUGCAAACCAGCUGAGUAUUCAAGGUCCCAAGCAGAAUCUUACCGUGCAGGCCGUUGAAGAAGUUAGAACAACUGUCAAGUCACACUGAGUCAGCUUACCUUUUGUGCCCUCCGUGCCUGGACUAUUAAGAACAUACGCGCACCUGUGGAAACUGUAGAGUGGUCAGACGUCAAGAGAUGCAUUUACGUGAUGUCCUGGUGGAGUCCUUUGGUGACGAAAACAGUGGAUGUUUUACCCAGUCUAGAUGCUGCGGCCUUAAUGGUCCAGGUGGAAGUCAGACACGGACAUCACUUUGAGCCAUAUGCUGAGUUGACGCCACUCGGUUGGGUGAUCGUUGGACCAAUUUCACCUACCCGUGGUCCAGGAAAACGUGUUCUUCGUGCGCAAGUAAUGGAGGCUGAGGAUGACAUCAGCAACCAGUUCCCCAUGUUUUAGGAGGUGGGAACAUUUGGUGUUCGGUUGGAGGCAGCCUCAGUAUACAUCCGCAGUGAGCAUAGGGUGAUGGACAUACUUAAGGAGACAUGCCGCAGGAUUGAUUCGGGCUAUGAACUGGGAGUCCUGUGGAAAGCUAAUCGACCACCGUUGCCUGAUAACUAUGAGACAACUCUUAAACGUCUGGCAUCUAUUAAACGUCGUCUAAAACGAGACCCAAAGUUGGCCAAAGGUUAUGAUGAGUCAUACUUCUGUACGUUGAGAAAGGGUUUGCUCGCAAACUGUGCAAUAAGGAGUGCCCAGUGGACGCGGAGCACUGGUUUCUACCCCCGUCACUCAGAAAUCUUGCCUCAUAAACCACUGCCGCGAGUGGUAUUUGAUUCUGCAGCAAAGCAUGAAGGAAUUUGCCUUAUUGACUUCCUUGAUACAGGACUAAGCCUUUAACGAUCUGUCAGGUAUUCUGCCGAGAUUCAGAAAGCCGUCGCACUCUGCUGAGAUGUUUCUGAUACAGUGUAUGUUCUGUCAUGUACACUUGAAACCGGAAGAUUGCAAGUACCACUGAUAUCUGUGGCGUGAUGUGAAGACAAACAGACCGCUAGACAUCUAUGAAAUGAACUGCGUGAAUCGCCUACCGCAGCUGCCGUAGUCAGACGUAACAUUUUCAUCAAUACACGUGUUGUAGAAGCCUGGUAGAGGCAGUGACUUUGCACAGGGAUGUUACAGCUCUCAUGGCCACCAGAAGUGUUAGCUACAGUGCCGGAAGCCGAACGGGCUGUUCCAGACAAUAGGCUCCGCUGGAGUUAGGGAAAUUACCUCUUGUUCGCGGUAGGGUUUCAGGUGGGAUGCGCGGUCAGACCCCUUAGGGCUUGCAUUAAUGCACUUGAUCUCUCGGUUUGGAUUGGCAUGACCAGGUGCCAGUAGAUAUGAAUCUUGAGUGGCCCCUAAAAUCGUUUACUGUUCCUCACAUCUACAGUCUUCCAGGUCAGACAUGGAUUAGACAGUUAAUUGUCUUUUCUGAUGCCUCAGAAGACACCUGUGCAGCUGCUGCCUACUUGCGAGCUACUGACGGAGAAACUGUGUGUCAUCUACUUAUGGCUAAGACGCGAUUUAUGCCCUCGAAGACAAUUUCCAUACUUUGAGGAGAGUAAAUGGGUUGUCAGUUAGCUGUGCGCCUUGCAAAGGGUUGUCUGUGAGUAGCUGGAUUUAAGCGUCUAUGACCGCAAGUUUUUACAUACUCUACCACAGCGCUCUGGUGGAUUCGUGGAGAGCCUAGAAACUUUUGUCCGCUUGUUGCCAACCGAGUGACUGAGCUGCUGACUGAAAGUAAACCAACACAACGGCAUUAUGUGCAUACAAAUCUGAAUAUUGCAGAUAUCGCUACCUGGAUCAAGGGUCCAGAAUUCCUCAAGUGCGACAAAUCAGAAUGGCCGAUUGAUGACGUACCGAUACCUACGCCCCCAACAGACGAGGCUGAGUUAAAGAGCUUAUUCUAGUUGGAUCAAGCUUCCUUACGAGACAGCCUGCAUUCAACGCUUCUGCCACAACGUGCAAAACAAAGGGCAACGUAGUCAAGGAACUUAAUCCGUUCUCGAGCUAAGGGAAGCCGAAUUAUACUGGAUCAAGUGGGUGCAGAGAGAAAACUUCCAGCCGAAGUAGAAUCGUAGUCGAAAGGACGCCCUGUUCCAUGCACAAGUCGUAUCACCAGCCUUAACCCACAGUUAGUGGAUAGAGUUUUGCGUUUUGGGGGACGAAUUGACCAGGCUGAAUUACCCUAGGAAGCCUAACAUCCGAUUAUCCUGGAUCACGAACACGAUGUUGCACGCCUCCUCGUAACUGGCUAUCACCAAAAGCUGAUCCACGCGGGAGUAGAACACGUGUUCAUCUGAGAGAAAAAUUUUGGAUCUUACUUGAUCGCGCAGAAGAGAAGAAUUGCACUGUCAAAAUCCCAGUCUGUCAUCGACGCCAUUUCAGGCCGUUGACCCAGAAAAUGAGUAAUUUGCAAGCAGUGCGACUUGGAGGAGCACGCACACCAUUGCAGCCUGUGGGCUUGAACUAUGCUUGUCCGUUCCGGGAUUGUGUUGGUCGCAACAGAGUGGAGAAACAAUAUGUUUGCCUCUUCACACGCGCGUUCCUCUUCAUCUUGAAGUCACUCAUAGCCUUGGCACUGACUCGUGGCUCUCAUGGCACCUCUUCGUUUCCGAGCCCGCCGAGGGAACCCAGUGCGUAUUCUAAGCGACAAUGGCGCGAAUUUCGUAGGUGCUGAACGUAAACUGCAUGACUCCAUAGCUGAGAUCGAGCAGGAGCGAGUCAACGCCUAGCUGAGUGCACCGGACUGGUUCCAAGUUAAUUUCAAACAGGCGUUGCUGUAGUGAGGAUGGCGUAGUCGGCGUAGACAGCUUUUAGAGAGAUGUUUUUUCAUGGUAGUCGCAUCAAGAAGUUUUGUAAUCCGCCUGAUUUAAGUCAUUUGUGAAUCCUUCUUUCAAGAGUGUCAUUAAAGAUAACGUCGCCAUUUCAGUUGGUUUCAGUCAAGUCAGCAAAAAAUGUUUAUUUAUAAUUUUAUUGCAUCUCCUAGGCUACAAUUUAUCGAUAGUUGCCUCUACAUUACGUUUCAUGUUUUUGGAGAAAAAUUCUCUACUUCCUGAAAAUCUGAACCUUUUUAGAAUAAUACAGCGUAAUGUAUUGGAUUGCUGUUGUUAUGUAAACAAACAAAAAUAUGUUAAUUGGCUGGGAAACGCUUUGAGAAAGAAUUUAAUGCAAAUUUGCAUGCCAUUGCAUUUACAAGGUAUACAUGUAUACAUGUACAUGUAUUAUCGCAUUUGUAGUUAAUAACUUUUAAAUUGUCAAGCUAAAAAUGUUUUUAUUACUUGCAUGAACUAAGCUUUAUUUUGAUUACUGUUUUGUAGGAUUCCGAUCUUGAUGGCAGAGAAAUACCAGUAAGCUCACCCAAGUCUUUUAGUCUUAAGAUUUCCUCUAUGCUGUAAUGCUCUUGGCCUGAAUAGCUAUUACCAGUUACUACAGUGUAUUGAUUGUACCAUUUUUAAACAUAAAACGUACUGUGGACAAAUGAUUCAGGGUUGAUAUUCUGCUAUGUAAAUAUUAUAAUAAGCAAGGCAUCACAAAUAAUGUUUUUGUGAUUUAGUUAUUCAUAACAGACUUUAUUAUACGCGUGGAAAAUAUUUUUCUAGCCUGCAUGCACUUUGCAGACAUCCUAUGUCGCUAAUCGUGUUCCGGGCUUGCUUGUAUUUGAAUUCAGCUGAAAACGUGCAGAGAAGGUUUAAUUUUCAGGAGACCUUUAACCUGGGGCGAUAAAACGUUAACGAUUGUGGAUUUUGAAUUUUCGUGACCGUGUUUGUAGAUAAUGCGGAAGUGAGUGUCUCAGGAAUCAAGACCUUUAAGAGUAAAUUUUUAUUUGGUGCUUUUCGCAAGAGAACCUAACACUGCACUCUUAUAUGAACGUAUUCAUGGGACAGGGCCAUCUAUAAUUUAGAUUGAGCUCAGUAUAAGAUGAAUUCUUAAGUUUUGAAAUGACUACAAUUCUGUACGGGAAUAAAAUGUUUUGAUACUCUUGUCACAUUUCCAUAAAAGAUGUCAGUUACUAAUUUUACUAGAAACCAGAACGAAGGUAAAAGUUAAGUCAAUGGCAGCAAUGUGCAGCUCGGCGUGGGGAAAUUUUUGUGCAUUUGACUGGGAUGAUUUGCCUGUGGGCAGGGAAAAAUGCCCUGCCUCCCACUCCGCCGGCUUUACAUUGAUAGGUGCAUAAGCCUUUCGCUGAGGAGUAAGUUAUUGAAGUGAAAACAUCUGUAAAACCUUAGCUGUUUUUUGAUGAUUCCUGUUAGGACAUUGAUGUACACAAGGUGCCAGAACCAUUCAUAGAAACAGAGGCUUCACUUGCUGUCAUUAUUGAUGAGUAUGAUCCAAUGAGGCCAAAUGAAUAUGAAGUUGUGCAACAAAAGUUCCGCGAAGACAAAGAAAAUGAGAGAAGUGAAAGGUCAGAGAGAUCAGACAGAGGAGAGAGGUCAAGAGAUCGUGAUUAUGACAGAGAAAGGUAUGCAAAUAAUUUUGCUCACAACGCUUCCUAACUUAAGAUACAAGUAAGAGUGUACCUCCUAGGUAUAUCUUAAGAUUUCUUCCUCCAAACAUAAAGCAUAUUCCUCUGUUAUGGGUGAGACUAAUCACAAAACUUGAUGUUCUUUUGUAUUGAAGUAAUAAUAUUUAAGGGAAAUUGGUCAUUUUCAGGGAGCUUGACACUUUCUGCUUUGAAUUUUAUUUAGGCAUAGAGAUCGGGAUCGUGACCUAGAUCGGGAACGGGAUCGAGACAGGGAACGGGAAAGAGACCGUGACAGAGAUCGUGAUCGUGAUCGUGAUCGUGACAGGGAUCGAGACAGAGAUCGUGAUCGUGAUUACAACAGUAGAGACAGAGGCAGAGACAGGGGAAGACGGAGAGGUGGUGAUGAUGAUGAUGACAGCCAUAGCCGUCCAUCUCGGUACGGUGGUGGAGCAGCAAUCGCACCUCCCCCAGCUCUUAUGGAGGAGUCAGGUAUAUAAAAUUCCUCAAUGUCAGCCAUCUGACCAUACUUCCUGUUAAGAAAAGCUGUGUCAUAACGCAAUAAUCAAUGCAAGAGUCUUUUCAAAGAUACUGUAAUGAUAUCUUACUUUAAAAUGAAAUUGGAAACAAAAGCUGUGAAAUUAAACAUCUUUCUAAGAGGACUCGUGUUGUUUUCUCUUUUACUAUUUUUUCUAACAUUCAAAUGUAAAUAACAUUGUCCAUUUUAAGUAUUUUGCCUUCAAUAUCCAAGGAAUAUGUAGAGUUAGAUCUUUUAUGUCUGUAAAUUCUAAUACUUUGUUUUAAUUCUUUUCUUUUUUCAGCCCCAGCACCUUCUUCUGAGCAGUGGCCUGUUUCAAGUGGAGAGAAACCAAAUGUUGGUUUUGCUGCCAGGUAUGAACUGAUUAUCACUACCUUGUGUUUUACUCACACGUUGAAAUUUUACAACCGUGGACAAAACUCUUGAGGCUAGGCAAGGUUUGUAUUCCUGGGCGGCUUAGGACGAGUGCUUGUUUUCGCGUAAAGGCAAGGCUAAUGAGGGUCAACUGCUUGGCGAAACACAAACAGGCAUGAUAAAAAUGCGGCUGAGUUGCUGGAAAACAAGGAAAAUCUUGAACGUUUUAAGGUUCCGGUGGGAUUACAGGCUUGAAAAAUCCUUGUUUCCAUAAGCAAAGUGAAGAUCAGCUCGUCUUCGCUGACAACAAGCUUAAGAGGGAGUUGAAUAAAAAUGGAAGAUGGUAUCAAAAUCCUCAAAACAUGGUUAUACCCUGAAACAAUUUUAAGGUUAGUUUUCAGUGAUCGUUCAAACUUCGUUUAGGACGCCUUUCAUUGAAAUGGACGUAUCGGUCGAAAACCUGCAAUUAAGUUAACACACCUUUUCAGGUGACAUUUUAUAAAUACUGAGCAGUUUUAACUUCAUUUUCACUCGAGUACAGUAAUAUAAAUGAAUCGAAUAUAGACAUUUUGACAAAAUUUACCAUUAGCUUACUUCUUCGUUUGGCUUUGUGACUUUUUUUCAUUUCUCUGUUAGUACGACCAGAUCUUCCCGCAGUUUUGCUGUUUGAGACAGAUAUCCCUUUACCUUACUGGUAACGUUUGAGCUUUGAAAUCCUACUAUUUUCAUGAUUUCUAUCGUUUUCCAGCGACUGCUAGCAGUUUCUUUCUAGUCAGCUGAGAAGAAAAGCUCUUACGGCGUGACUGCAACUGUAGAAGGAAUAAACAAGCAGAGAAAGGAUACCUGCCUUGCUUGCAUGCUAGUCAUAUCCUCACACACCCAGACAAUGCUGAUUGAAAGGGAACAAUCACCAAAAAUUGAAAGCGGGGUGUGGGAAGGUGAUAAGGCCAGGAACCAAUGAAAGUCAUUGAAUGUCUUUCGUGGUAUGUGCCCAUAAUUCCAGAUCGAGGGAUGAGACCCAAUGGUGUAUGAGAAAGACGUUUUCCACUUACAUUGUUUCUUUUAUUCCUUGGUAACUGAUCCCGUUGAUAUGUAUUCUCCCUCUCUCUCUUUUUUCUUUUAUUUUUUAGUCCUGUGGCAUCUCAGAUUAUGGCAAAGUAUGGCUGGAAAGACGGACAAGGUAAUGGGCAAAUUAUAUUUAUACUGGUGUUGCAUGAUAACUCUAUUUAUCGUUAACGUACUUUAAUUUAUUACGUAGGUUUAGGAAAACAAGAACAGGGAAUUAAUACUUGUCUUCAAGUGGAAAAAACAAGCAAGCGCGGUGGAAAGAUAAUCAACCAGGACAAAGGUAACGUUGACUACUUAAGGUGGUCCGAACCUAUUUAUAUGCGCGUUGGUUAUGUUUUGGAAUCGCGUUUUUCGGCAGGAAAGAUUUAAACGAUUUCUAUGAUUUUUUGCGUCCCGAAUAAAGAAUGCUCGAACUUUGAGAAACUGUUAUUUACUUUCUUGUAGGUAUUAAAACGUUUGAAAUAUCAGCAUAUGUUUAAAACCGCAUUUUUACAAAAAAUGUCAAUAAUUUCGAAACCCUAAGACAGAUUUUUUUCUAACUUCAGCAAAUAAGCCUCAGAGCUCUCUAGAUUUAUAUCUGCAAGUUUGAAGUCAAUCGUGACCGUAGAACUCGCUGCACAAAUAGCUUGUCAAAUUUAGCCUUACAAUGCAACGUUAACACAUUUGUGAAAGCAUCCUCGGAAACCCAGGGGCAGAUAGUGGGGGCGAGGGAAAGUCUAAACAGGCGGGAAAAUAUGGCACAUAAGAAAAGUAAAGAACGGCCAGAAGAGCCCCUGGGGACAACACAAGUUUUCUGGCACCAAUCAGAAGCCCGAACGGCGACGACCGUUUGGAACUGGUCCGGUAAGACAUUAUCCCCAGGGGCUCUUCUGGCCGUUCUUUACUUUUCUUUUGUGCCAUAUCUUCCCGCCUGUUUAGACUUUCCCUCGCCCCCACUAUCUGCCCCUGGGUCUCCGAGGAUGUUCUGAAAGUUGACGCACAAAUAGAGGAAAACUGCCGACAGACUAUCUCCUAUCUGCAAUAGUAUUCUUGCCCAAAGCUACAGUUGCAAGAAACUGGCUGAUCAGAAACCUACGGCGAAUACAGUUCACAAUACAACAAGAACAACUUUAUGCUGAAUGCGGGACAAGAUUAAAAAACUUUCAUUCAUCAAACUUACUUUGUAUUGGUCCCUCUCUUUUCGAAACCUAUCUUUAAAAGGCAAAAUAUAGUAUCUACGAAAAACUCCUAAGAGUUUUUAGCGUCGCAGGUUUCCAUUUUUAUGACAAAUGAAGCCACCAACUCCAGUACUUCUAACCGUCCAUUUCUCAGCUGCACUGAAAGCCCUUGUACUUGUUAAUUUAUUCAUGGUUUUUAGACUUGACAUCACAUUCGCACGGGAAGUUUGCCGCUUUGGGAUAAAGAUGAAGAAAAUAUGACAAUCGGCUUAUUCUUUUCAUUAUCCCAAGUGGCAAACUGCCCGUGCGAAUGUGAUGGCAAAUCUUACAAGCUUGAAUAAGUUUUCGUUCCAGCUGAAAAUGGAUCGGUUGAAGUACUGGAGUUGGUGGCUCUCGGUGCUAAAACUGGUAGGAGAUCUCCGUAGAUGCUAUAUCUUGCUUUGUUGAGAUUUUUUUUUCGAAAAGAUAAGGGCAAAUACACAGUAACUCUGAUAAAUAGAUGUUCGUUCAUCUUGCCCACAUUCUAUUUGUGCAGCGAGUUCUACGCUCACGAUUGACUUCAAACUUGCAGAUAUAAAACUAGAGAACUCUGAGGCUUGUUAGGGUUUCGAAGUUAUUGACAUGUUUUGUAAAAAUGUGGUUUUAAACAUGUGCCGAUAUCAAACGUUUUUAUACCUACAAUUAAAUAUAUAACAGUUUCUUAAAGUUCGACCAUUCUUUAUUGAAGGUGCCAAAAAUCACAGGAAUCUGUCAAAACUUUCCUGUCGAAAAACGCGAUUUAAAAACAACCAACGCGCAUAUAAAUAGGUUCGGGCCACCUUAAGUAAAAGACUCUUCAGACAUCAAAAUACUAGUGUACUUCUAUCAUAAUAAUCCGAGAGAUUCGGAAUCACUUGCACAGCAAGCAGCAAACAUCAGGUUCAAGUUGACAGUUUCCUAAGAAAUGAGCAGAUAAGAAGUUAUGUUCAAAAUGAUUUAUAUGGGUUAAGCUGUCUUGAAAGUACUUGUUUCUUUGUAGAUAUAGUAAACACUUAAAUAUAACAGGUAGAGGGAAAACUUGAUUAUCAAUCUCUAAUAAGUAGCUCGAUCGUCGUAACUGAUGCAUUGAUGAGAAUAUAGAUUUGGUUUUACAUGUACAUUCGUGCAUUUUGAGACUGGACUGUUUGGAUUCAUAUUUUUAUUUAUUUAUUUUUUAUCUACAGAAUCAAAAGCUGCCGUUAAAGAAGCAGAGCCAGUGACUAAUGUGAUGAAAAAUCCAAGUAAAGUCAUUGUCCUGAGAGUAAGUACAGCUCUCAUCAGUUAUUUUCUCAUGAACACGCGGGUAUCGUUCUCUGUCUGAUCAAAAAGAUAACGUCUCUAAAUGCAUAUACUGAAAUGAGCAGUCUCUGAGAGUAUGAGCCUAAUCUACCAAAUAUCACGGGAGAAAUUCUAUUUUAACAACUCGGAAUUUCCUAGUUUUCUUUAUGACUGCUAUUUCCUUAGAUAGUGUUUGCAAAGAAUUUCUUGAAAAUUACACAAAUUUAUCAAGUUAACCAAUGCUUUCAACGCCUGAACGUAAUUUGUAUCCAUAUAUACGGCGAUGCCCCUAAAUGGCUUACCUCGUAUUCCAGUGAGCAAAAAUGUAAACAAUGAACGCACGUCAGCAAAGAUUUGCUAUUGGUUUGUCUAACAAAUUAGGAAAUUCUCCUUCCAUCACUGUCUAAAUUUGAACCUGUUCUAGAGUUGAACCUCUCCGCAACGGGCACCUUGGUGACAGAAGAAAGUCGCCGUUGUGGAGAGGUGGCCGUUAUAGGGAGAUAGGGGUGUAAUAUGACGUAUUUUUUGUCGGGGACAUCUUUUUUCUGUUUAUUGUGCGAAGUUCAUGCUUACUGUACCUUUAAUGGUCGUCCAAUCAUAAAUAAUAUAAGGAGAUAAGUACACAAUAAUGCUUAAGUAAUGUUUUGAAUCAAAAUGUUAACAAGACAAUAGGAGCAAGGCUCGCAACAUUCGUUAUGUAAAGUAUUGUACACAAGGAAGGAAGGUGACUUUCUCUCUUGCACUUGUAAUCUCUAAAAGUAGCUACUACUACUCUUUCUUAACUCAGGGUCGGCCUAAGGUAAAUGUUCUACUUAUUUUCUUAGGAAAGGAUCUUAUAAAAAAAGUACUAUGUCGUUUGGAAAUAAGGAAGACGAGUGCAAGAGUAGUCUCUCUUCAAAUGGGGCAGGCAACUCUUAAAAUGUUGCAGUGCUGUUCUUGCAAACUUUUGUCUUGUAGAAUAUGGUAGGUCCUGGUGAAGUAGAUGAUGAAUUACAGCCUGAAGUUGUUGAUGAAUGCGGUAAAUACGGUGAAGUUGUUAAAGUGAUCAUAUACGAGGUAAGUAUGAUACGAUAGUUGUUUUUUUCGUUAAGCUUUAUCUUAUGUACGUACUUUCAAAUAAGUAAGAAAGUAAGCAAGGAAGAAAAUCCAAAUACAGUAUAGCUGAAGGUGAAACAUGGAACUAACUAGAGUCGCCAAAAGGCGAAUUCACUUGGAUGCUUCUGCUAACACUAGACAGAAAUAUUGAAUCGUAUGAAAACGAGAAGUUUGCUAAAAUAGACAGCCAACUGCCCAUUGAUCCCGAUCCAUGGGCCUCAUUGAUUACACUGAGACGAUCCUAAUGUGCGGUCUACAGUCUACAUUAAAACCGUUUUCAUGUUAAAUGCAUUAUUUUUUUUCCACAAGAUUAAAGAUAUUCAGUUUUAACAUUUUUCUCUUGGUAUUUUUCUCUAGCUUAAAAGAAUAAAAUCAUUUGCAUUUUGUGACCUAUUUUGCUUUCAUCGGCCCUCGCUUUAAACAAUGUAAAUAGAUGAAACGGUCGAUAACAUAUUUUUUUUUUACUGUGAUACUAAUAUGAGUUAAAAAUUCGCUUGAGUUUGCCUUUUGCCUCAUCCGUGACUAACUUUUCUUCAUGCCAGAAAAUUAUGCAGCUUUAUAACUCCUCCGAAGUUUUUGUGCCAGCUAAACAAUAUCGAAACACCACUCACAGUCCUUGGAUAUUAAGACGACUGAGCGAAACGCACCAUGUGCCCUUAUUUACUCCUGAUCACAUUAAAUAAUAAAGUAAUAAAGUCUAUAUUCAUCAAAAGAUAAAAAUACAUAUCUUUUGUUACCAGUCAGUGUAAGAAAUUUUAAAAGAGGUAAAAAGUAAAAAUUAAAAAAAAUCUAGUAUAUUACAUGGCUAAUUCAUAAUUAAAAACUAAACGAUUAAUAAAAGAGUUUUUAAAACGCAUAGUGUUAAUCUUUGGUUUAAAACAAGUUUCUUUCCUAAGAUUGUAACUGGACGGUUUAACACGACGCUUAAUAGAUAAAAGUGGAUGUCCUUUAGCAUUAGAAACUUUUCUGAAAAUUUUACGGUCUCUUGCCUCUUUUGCCUCUCUAAGAAAUCAUAAACACUUACUGGCUUAGACUUAUAUUUCUUUUUAAAACAGCGGUCUAAGAAACAUUGUACAGGUGUAAGAUCGAACUCGGACGCGGCGUAGACAGAUGAUGCGUACUUAAUAUAAGGUAGAACUAUUGUAUUACAGAGAAGGUCUGUUUCUGACUGAUUGUACCCCUCUUUGCGCAGCGUUCUUACUCUCUCUUUUCAAGCGAUUUAUCUCAAUGUACAAUAACUGAUCCUUAUAUUAAUUAAAACCAUAUGGCUUAUUGAUAUUAAUGUUGUUUUCCCCCCUCGUUUCUAUUCAAAACACCUUUAGGAAAAUAAAGGUCGUGUAAGUCAUGUGUAUUGUGUUUCGAGAUAAAUCCAUCACAGGCUUUUUUAAGUUCCCAUUUUGCGGUGGCCUCAGUUUACAUCUCCAUAAAAUGGUAGAAGAAACAUCAAGAAACAUCACGCGAGCUGAAAAUUUUCAAAGGUUUUUUGAAACUCACUCAUGCUGACAUCAAUAUAUCGCGCUUGCUAACAGAAUUGAGGAGACGCAUAAAAGGUGAUAACAAGAUCAUGUACAAAUUUAAUGAUAAAAGCUUAGGAAGAUACAGAUACAAACAAGAGCAAAACCUCUGGGCUACACUUGUAUACUCCACUCAGUCACCAAACCUUGUCAGUAAUAGGUCAAGUUGGUCUUUGUGAAGUUUCAGGAUCGGAUGUCCCGGUGAAGUUAAGAACUUGUGUGCGAAGUUCUCAGAGUUCUUAUUUUUGUCCGUGUCUUCUUUAUCCUCGGUAUCCGAAAUUUAGUCCUCCAAAGUGGCGUGUGUUGCAUUAAAUAGAAAGAAAUAUUUCAAUGAAAAGCCAGUCUUCUAACAUAGCAAAGUUGUCACGUCCCUCGCUCAUGGACGUCCAUUUCUUAACAUCAGGAUUCGUCUGAUAUUCAUGGGCAGCUAAGUUGUUCGCUUCAGUACAACUGUAAGGAUAGGAAAUUUCACUGCGUCAAGCGGCUUUUCGGCCUGUCAAACCAAAUUGGCGGGUAUUUCGUCUUGAUAGUUGUAUUGGCUCUCAUGGAAAUGGGUAAAUUGCAGUUGCUCUUUCUGGUAGCUUGAGGGAUUGUGCGAAAAUGAUGCUGGAGUCUUUAAAGGCGGACUGGAGUAAGAAGAAACUGUAGAAUGAUGUGGUGAUUUGCUUGGACGCGACUGGGUGGCUUGCUUUCAAAAUGUUCUGUUGAAAGAGUUGACUUGGUAAACUCCGGAUCACUGACUUAUUUUCAUCCUUUGAGUAAGGCGGUUGUUGAUUCUUGCUUGAUUUGGGAGUUGACAUGUCCAUGACGGGCCUUCUUGCACCUGUGUAGGAAAGCACUAUAAUAAUGGGGAAGCUCUCUUAGGAAUUUAUCGACGUCAUUGCUUCUAGCAACAGGGCUGGUCUUUACGACGGUAAGGAGAGCUAGAGGUCGUGAAUAUUCUUCUCCUAGGGUCAUCUUAAGUGGGUAGGUCUUGUCUAACUUUAAUGUUCAUUCAGAAAAAUUAAUGAUCGCACCGUUGGACUGCAGAAAAUCUCUUCCAAGAACAGCGUGAUAAGCCACAUUGUUAAUGACAUGAAAUUGACACGGAAAUUGUCUUCCAUUUAGUAACAAGGUGACUUGAAUGUGGCCAGUAGUUGAAAGUUUUUCACCACUGACGGUAUGCUUUUCUGGGAAAGUACUCGGGGUUAUUUCAGGAUGGGCGUCAUCAUGAUGCGCGUUAUCAUGAAGAACUUCUUUGACAAAUUCGUAGUUUAUCACCGAAAUACAAGCUCCUGAGUCAAUGAGUAGUUUCGUUGGACAAUCAUUUAUUUUACCAAUGACAAAGGCGGUCCGUUGCGGUGUAUUUGGUGGAAAACUACGCUGUGUGGGUUUGAUCUUCUUAUGCUUUGCAGACUCUUGUGUAUUUCUGUUUGAUUUUGAGUGGACUUUAGUCUCUUGAUAUGAACUCGAUAACUCCUGUCGCUGGUGAGUUGGCUCCUGAUCUGGCGCGGACUAAAGAGAGUCGUCUGCAAUCGUGUAGCCUUCAUCACUUGAUAUAAUGCGCACUUGAUCUUCUUCGGCAGGGUCGCUAUGUGUGGCAACAGGUUGCGUUUUAUUUGUCACCUGCAGAUUUUCUUUGUGGCUGGUGGUCAUCACAAUUACCUUUUCUGAAGAAUUAGGCUUGGUUUUUGUAUAGGUUUCUGGUUCUGUCGCAUUCUCUUGACUGUGCUUAGGGUGAAAUGUACUAUGAGUCUGAUCAGAGUGGCUCUGACGUUUUGAGUUUAGAGCUGGCUCAGUAAAUUCAGUCUUAAGUAUAUCGCGUGUACGCGCCUCAUUCUUCUUCAUUGAAUUGUAGUUAAUUGGCUGGACAGCUUGAAUGGUACUUAUUCUUGGUACUUCUGUAGACCCAAAUAUGGGUGGAUUGCUUCUUCUUGCAUAAUAAGCUCCUUCAGGCUGUGCUUCUUUCUCUUUCUGUUGGUGGUUUGGCUGAUUAAACUGGGCAACAACUGGUUCUGCGGUACCGUCGGCUUCUAAAGCAGCAAUUCCUGGGUCUGUCUGUGUGUGUGACUAAGUGUUUCGAGGGUUUUGAUAUUGAUUUCGUUGAUCAACUCUAGCAUAACAGUUCUGUCUCACGUGACCCACUCGACCACAGAUGUCACAAACCGGGCGCCCCUCCCGGGUCCGUACUCUCGGUUGUUCUUGUCGAUUGUUUCCAUUUGUGUGGGCUUUCAUGAACCCGUCUAUGCGAGCUUGCAUUCGACGUAUUUCAUUCAUCAUUCUUUCUUGUAAAUGGGAUGCAUCUUGUCCACUGUGAUUCAUGCGGUUGUGAAACUGCUGUGGUUAUUGUGAACCACGCUGAGCGGUCCUUAAAAAUCUGUUUUCUUCCCUAAGGCGCCGCAGUUCUUCUGAUUCACUGCCAGAGUGAUUACGUUCACUUGUAGAGGGCUGAUAGGCUGCAAUAGCAUUAAAAUGUUCUUCUGAAGUUAUCCCCCUUAACUGACGAACUUGUAAGUACCUCAGUUCUUCAUCUGCCGAUUAAAUAGCGGUAGGCUGGUAAGCAGUAAUUUUAGGCCCUGUACUUUCUUGAGGGCGGUUUCCAACCAUUUUCAUGAGUUGCUCCAUUCGCUCUUCAAGGCGUGUCAUUUUACUAUCUAUAGCAGAGGUGUACCGGGGCGAGUACUGGCAUGCGUUUAAAACGGCUUCAGACUUAGAGUGCGUUUUGGCCAUAGUUGACAUUACGUUAUCAAGUUGAUGCUUUAUUCGAGUAAGAGGACCUUGUACUUCAGGAGUUGCGCCAGCAUUAGUUAUUGAAGGCAUGCAACUAGCAGCCUGUACAAUACGUGAGACAUCUUCUUCUUUCCUCUGAAGGGUGGACUGUUCAAUGGAGUAAAUAAGUCUUGCUGUUUUUUCUGCCUCGUUGUAAGUUUUAGGCUCCUUUUUUAAGACUUCAGCUUGAAUAUCUGCAUGUAGUCCUUGAAUAAGGUAACAAAUUUUAUCCCCAAAACGAAGAUCUAGGCAGUUAAAUUUUUCAUUCAAAUCUGCUAAGUAGGUUUCAGUAGAUUCAGAUGGACCUUGGCGGCGUUUUGACAGUUCUUGUCGGUUUCUUAGGUGGGGAUGAGCAGGAGAAAAACGUUCCUUCAAUGCGUCUCUCAACAAGGUGUACAAAGCUUUUACUAAACUAAGAAGAUUAUAAUAAUAUGUUUCUGCUGGCCCAGAAAGGUGAAGAGCCAGUUUUUCAGCUGCCUGGUCACUUGAGGACGAUAUUUUUCCGUUGGCAAGGUAUAAGGAGAAACGCUGAAGCCAACGAUCAACAGUUUCAUUUUCGCGUCCAUGGAAUAACGUAGGCUUGACAACAAUAGAUUCUGUUACAUGUGGGGUGGACAAAGAAACGUGUGCAGUUUUACGUUUCCGAGGGAUUACCUUGAAGUUCUGGUAGUCUUGUCUUGCAACUUUGUCCCCCCAGUCGCAGUAGAGACGGUAGAAACGCCCGGGUUCUCCACCAAUGUAACGGGAGGAAAUUUCACUUUGUCAAGCGGCUUUUCAGACUGUCAAACCAAAUUGGCGGGAAAGUCGAACUAGGAAAACAACGGAACUAAAGCUCUUCGCGAGGGCGCGAGAAUUAGCAAAUAGUGAUCUGCUAAUGGAAGUUAUUGUCGGGGGAAACUGCAAUUCGGUAGAGCGACUGGCUCGCUGCUGGCACUCGUUACUACUGCCAGAGGUACAGGGUCUAAUUUCCACGUCCCAAGGUACGAAGGUUGGACAAGAACUGAGACUUUUCUGUAAUGCUGCAACUUCUUUAUUGUAGAGUAAACCUCGUAAAUAGUACUUCACAUGUAAUCGCAGGUAGUCGUACAGGUAAUCGCAGGCUAGGUAAUCGAUUUACAACAGUUUAAGUAUUUUUGUACAGUCUACAGUAAACACAGGUGUUCGAUUACCACAAAGGAACACAAAAACCUAUUCAAAAAUACACCUGCUAGCUGAUCAACGCGUUACAACUCGAUUGGUUAAAAGACUUUUCUUUAUGGUGUAAAUACAAUACUUCCUAUUUCGGUUCCUGUACUUUUAGAAAAACACAUGUUGUAAGUCAAGCUGAAUGAACAGAGCACAAUGGUUGUUUCUUUGAAAUGUAAAAUGGUUCUUGUCUAACAAAGAGCAGCCUGCGUAGCAAGCGUUUCCGUGCGGUUUAGGAGCAACGAACGAGGAACGAUAGUCAAAGACCGCUCGAAAAUGGCGUAAGUACUUUCAUUUUUUGGCUCUUGUUUCAUUUCUCGCGCGGCCAAAACCGAGAAUCCCGUUCCUUGGUCUUUCUUUGCUCCGAAACCAAACGGAAGCGCUUACUACGCAGGCUAAACAAAGAGACACGUACAGAAAUACACGUGUUCUAUUGAAAGUACAUGUCAGGUGUUCCAAUAUUUGUGCACAUGUCACUGCCGGCUAUUUGUAUUUGAUUAAUACGCUUAUUUCAGCUGCGGAGUUUUAGAAAGAUACGAAAGAGUUAAAACUAGAUUUGCUGACUUGUGCAGAAUUGCUAGAAUAACGCUCUGAUGAAACUGAGUUCCGUUCUAAAGAUAACAUUGAAAUAUCGGCUGUGACAAACAGCUUACAAUCAAGUCUUCAGCCAUAGUGUCAUCAAUUCGUAAAAUGCUUUGCUCAUAAAUUGUGCUAAUUAAUUACUGAUGAACUACAUCGAUCGUUAAUUCUCUCUUUGAGUUCAUGAUACGGCCCUAGUGUUCCGAAACUAACGCUCACAGUCAUCUUUAAGUGUGAACCUAUCGUGAACGGCGUAUGGGUUUGUAUGCAACGAGAGCAUUUCUCUGAGUUUCCCAGGGCCAACAUAAUCAAUUCACUUAAACUCGAACAAUGACAAAACUUAUUAAGUGACUCCUAUGAUCGAAUCGCUUCGAACAACGCAACGCUGGGUUUCUGUGGGGGUCGGGGGGGGAUAUUCGUGCAAGGGAAAAUCGUAUGUAACCACUUUGGAGAACAUCGUUUCUCGGUAGCAGACCCUCGUGUCUUCUCCCCUCCCACCCUCCUCCGCAUGAUGACCGUUUUUCUGGACAGACGACCGAAAACCGAAAUUAUUACCCAGAAAGGGGCAUCGCAGUAACAAGAAACAAUCCAGCCAGUGGUCAGAUUGUGGAUCGAAUGCGUUGACCACUGUCUGGGCCGAGCGACCCGCUUAGGCAGUGUUUGCACAAGUUCAUGUACGUUAGUAAAAACACACAUUUGUGAACUUGUCCAACCCGCGGGACAGAUUACUGUAAUCGGUUACAUCGUUCGUGUGUACAUGAAAGCCUUGAAUGUGUGUGUGUUUGUUUCAAACUUCAAAGGACUUGUGUAGACAUACUGUAUCCUUAAUAAGCGUCUACGUUGUAACAAAUUGUUAUGUUUGUCUUCAUUCAGUUCCCACAAGGUGUCAUGGAAGAGGAAGAGACAGUGCGCAUUUUUGUUGAGUUUCAGCGAGUUGAAUCAGCUAUUAAAGGUUACUGAAAUCUAAAGACAGGUUAUUUAAAUAUAGCUCAAACUUACCGCCUUUCAAGACUACUUUCUACACAGUAACACAUUUGUUAACAGUCUUUACCGUUGCUGUUCUGUAUCAAACUAUCAUUUAUAUUGUUUACUGAUGUCAAAACAUGAUCCACUAUCACGUAGACCGAAACUAGGUAGUUUUGACGUUGCGAGUGGCGCUUUUGCCAAAUGACGUCAUUCCAGAGCCACCAUAACCUGCGUUGUCAUCUUUGUUUUUACAAAAAAGGAAUAGGGUGGUAGCCUUGCACGGCCUCUUUGAAUCGGCGCAACACCGCGACUGUUUUGAGUUCAACACUGGCAGUUACUCGAGCACAGGAAUAUGCCUGCAAUGUAGGGUAUAGCAUUUGUAGAAACGUAUUUCUGUCAGGGUUGCUAGGGAAUACUGGGUGACAAGUAACGCGAUGAUCUAAUUCUAGACUUUCCCUACAAAGGCUUGUAACUCUGAGUUGGAUGAAUGAUUCAGUACCAAGAUCCAUAAUGUUUUCUUUCCUUUUCAGCUCUUGUUGAUCUCAAUGGAAGGUACUUUGGUGGUCGCACUGUUAGAGGUGCAUUCUACAACUUGGACAAGUUCAGGAGACUGCAUCUCAUGGAUGAUAUUUAAUCAUUUGUGUACAUAUCCAUGCCCUCUUUAACCAACAGAUUGUUUACUUUCCUGUUACCUAAACUGUGCAUCACUCCCUCUAUUCUGAUUGAACUGGGCUAGUAUCUUUGCUGUAAUAGGCGAGUUCAACAGAAUACGACUACGUGAAACAAGAUACAUAUAACCUAAAACAGCUGCAUUUAUCAGCGUUUCUGGAGUCAUUCCUAAAUUUGCUAAUACAGACUGACAGCAAGAGCAUUUUGGUACCCAUGGAACUAUAUAGGCUUUGAACGGACUACUGAAUAUGUUAUCUCAUCUUUAAGUAGGCUAAACUUUUGUGCCCUCUGAGCAAAUCGUUCGCCCUUGUAAAUUUGAGCUGUUGCAUCCCGUGAAUAUUAAAAGUUAACCUUUCCGUUGAAAGUUUUUUGCCACUUUAUAAAGCCUCUAAAUCGUCAUCUUGCAGUCACAGCGUAAAGAAAAAAACAAUCAUAAAAUAAUCGUAACCAUUAAAAGACGUCUCUGGUGAAAAUGUAUUAGGAGCUAUUUGUUACUUUUUUGACGUAACCGUUACAAUUGUUUUGUAUUCACUGGCAAGCAUUAAGACGUUACGCAAGUCCAUUUUGGUACAGAACUCUGCGUGCAAGGGGCAAGAAAUAUCUCAUUUGUACUCCUAAGGACAAAUUGAACAGUGACCAGUUGAAGUCAUCCCCGCCCAUGCUUACUAGUCGUAAAUUAAAACUUGUAAAUAUCCUAUUAGCCACUCCUCUUUUCAGCUUUUUAGCAAUAAUUUACUACACCGGUUCGGUUGGGGGACUUUUGUCCGACCGCAUGUGGCACAGUGUAUAGUUAUUGGAGAAAUGAGUCACGAUAGACCGCGAUAAUAGGGACUUCGUUCCCCAACUUGUUACGAAUACUUUGUAUGUAGUUUACUGUCCUAAUAGCCGGAUUCGUUAUAUAUAUUUGAGAAAAAGUUGCGAAUCGGGUCUACGUUUU